AUGAAAAUCCUCCUCUCCGGCGCCGGCAUAACAAGCAACACCCUCGCCCACUUCCUAACCCGCCAAGGCCACAUCCUCACGAUCCUCGAGCGCGCCCCAACCCUCCGCGACACAGGGUUACAAAUCGACCUCCGCGGCCCGGGUGUGGAAGUGAUUCGACGGAUGGGCCUUGAGGGGGCACUCAAGGCGAAGACGAUCCAAGAGGAAGGGAUUCAGGUUGUUGAUAAGGUGGGGAGGAGGAGGGCUUGGUUUCCUGUUUCUUCUGGGGGGGAUGCAGCACAGAUUAAAGGGGGUGGUGGGACUGGGGUUGGAACUGGAAAGAAGGGGAAGGAGAGGAAGACGUCUCUGACUACUGAGUGGGAGGUUAUGAGGGGGGAUUUGUGUCGGUUGUUGUUUGAUUCUGCUCAGAAGGGUCUGAAGCAGGGGCAAGGGAAGGGCAAGGUGGAGUAUCGAUUUGGGACGUCGAUUGAGGGAUUGCGUGAACGGGUGGAUGGAGUGGAUGUGCGGUUCUCGACGGGCGAGCAGGAAGAGUUUGAUUUGGUGAUUGGGGGAGAUGGUCAGAAUUCGAAGGUUAGGGGGUUGUUGAUUGCGGAGAGGGAGCGGCAGAGACGGCUGUCUCAGGGUCAGCAGCAUGCACAGCUGGAUCAAGGUGAUGAUGGACAGACAGAUCCAUUCAAGCCUCUGGGUGUGUAUGCGGGUCUCUUCACGACAUCGUGGCCUCCUCUCCCUGACACUCCCUCUUCUUCCUCAUCUCAAUCUACCCAACCAACCCCGGACUCCGACUCCAACAAGCUAAUUGGAACCGUCUACCUGGCCCCCUCUCAACGAGCAAUCUUCACGCGCCGCCACCACCCCCACCGAAUCCAAGUCUACCUCUUCUGCCGCACCGACAGUCCUGCCUUCGCGGAGCUCAGACAAGGACACAUGGAUCCAGCCAAGGAGAAAGCGCUCCUGAUGCGGCAUUUCGAAAGCGCAGGGUGGGAGACAGAUCGAUUGAUGAAGGCGCUCGAGGAGGCGGAGGAUUUUUAUUGUGAGAGGAUUGGGUUUGUGAAGAUGGAGGGGUGGUCGAGUUUGAGUGCUUUGCCUUCGACUUUGCGUUCGAGUUCGACUGGCUCUGCUUCUGCCUCUGCUUCUGCUAUUACCGCAGAGGAGCCUGGAACUGGGGCGGAUGGGGACCCGACCAGCUACACAGGCGGGCGCAUCGUCCUCGUCGGCGACGCAGCGUACGCACCCUCCGUGACGACAGGCAUGGGAACCACGGCGGGGGUGGUCGGCGCGUAUGUCCUGGCCGGAGAGAUUGGGAAAUAUUGCACUGCAGAACCUACCAGAGCUCUUCCGUCAUCCUCAUCCGAGCCCACCAAAUCCACACCGGAGUCUUCAUCAACAUCAACAACCACCUCCAACACCGAUAUACAAAAGGCAAUCCUCAACUACGAACGCACCCUCCGUCCCUUCAUAACCUACAUCCAGAAAGACCUCUCCGAAGGCAAAAGUGCAUGGGAUUCGCUGCCCGAGACGAAGCUCGGUGUCGGGCUGUGGAAUGCCAUGCUAGGUGUUUGUUCGUGGUUGAGGGUGGAUACGUUUGGGGGGUGGGUGAGGGAUGAGAUUUAUAAGGCGAAGGGGGAGAAGGGGUGGGUUUUGCCGGAUUAUAAGGGAUGGAAGGAGAGGGAUUAG